UUUUUCUCAAAAUUUAAAAAGAAAAGGUUUCUAAUGAGAACCUGAAAAUUUCAACUGUUCCGUCAGAUUCCUCCCGUUGGCUGGAAAAAAAAAAUCUGUUUAGAUUUCUAAAACGAAACGAAAACCCUUCGAGAAUAAGUUUCGCCCUUUGCAGAUCUGAAGGGGGGGAGAUUGGCUUCUCGAUCGAUCCGCCAUUUUUUCCAGCGAAAAGGGUUGAUAUUGGAGAGGGAAAAUGGCGCAUAGGGUAGAUCAAGACUACGAUUAUUUGUUCAAAAUCGUGUUGAUCGGUGAUUCUGGCGUUGGGAAAUCCAACAUCUUGUCGAGAUUCACCAGAAAUGAGUUCUGCCUGGAAUCCAAGUCCACCAUUGGCGUCGAAUUCGCCACCAGGACUCUUCAGGUAGAAGGAAAGACGAUAAAGGCACAGAUAUGGGACACGGCAGGGCAAGAGAGGUACCGGGCCAUCACGAGUGCUUACUACAGAGGAGCAGUGGGCGCACUUCUUGUCUACGACAUCACCAAGAGACAGACCUUCGACAAUGUCCUGAGAUGGCUGCGUGAACUGAGAGACCACGCGGAUUCAAACAUCGUGAUAAUGAUGGCUGGGAACAAAUCGGAUCUAAACCACUUGAGAUCGGUUGGGGAGGAAGACGGGCAGGGUUUGGCUGAGAAGGAAGGUCUGUCCUUCCUCGAGACAUCGGCGUUGGAGGCAACGAAUGUGGAGAAGGCGUUCCAGACGAUCUUAACGGAGAUUUACCAUAUCGUGAGCAAGAAGGCGCUGGCUGCACAGGAGGCGGCGGCUGCUAAUUCAGCCAUUCCUGGUCAGGGAACCACCAUUAACAUUGAUGAUGCAGCUGGUGCUGGGAGAAGGGGAUGUUGUUCUUCUUCUUAAAAGGUAAACACCCCCCCUUGCUUAUCCUCUUCAAAGCUUCAAACUUUUUUUUUUUGCUCUCUCUCUCUCUCUCUUCAAGUUUUGGCUGAAGCGCAAUGUAGAAUUACUACUUCAUAGUUUAUAUUAUUUACUAUUUUAUGUC